AUGGUAGUGGAGGUGGUGGAGGUGGUGUUGGUUAUGAUGGAUGUCGACAGUAAUAGUGGUGAUGGGUGGUGGUGGUCGAUGGCUGCGGUGGUUAUGGAGGCAGAGACAGUGGUUGUUGGUGGACAAAGGUUUAAAGAUGCCCAUGUUAUCCGAGAGAUGACGACUAUCUUCAGGUCUUCCUUUGCUKGUCYRUGGCAUARAUGGAAGGAAGUACCUCAGGAAGCACGUGACUUGAUGUUCCAGCGCUUUAGGGCUAAGUUCCAAUGGGAUCCUGAGCUGGAUGACACGGUUCAUUCAUUAUGGACCAAAGCCAUGCACAACUGGUACUCUGAUUGGAUGAGCUCUGCACGUGAUUGGGUCGUGGCACAGGCCUAUCCUGGUGAUCAACAAUGGGAUGGUGAGGACUUCUCACGGAUUAGAUUACACCAUCCCGUAUGGAUACCAGACAGGUUUUGGCUACAAAUGAUUGACACGGUCUGGGAUACUGAGGCUUGGAAAAAGAAAUCCAGGAUCAAUGGGGCAAAUCGGAACACCGAGUUUGAGGGGGUGUCGUCCAGACACACUGGGGGAUCGAUUAGUACGGCACAACAUCGAGACAGGAUGGCACGAGUAAUGGGUCGUGAGCCUACUGCUACUGAGGUGUUUGAGCGUACUCACUGCACGAACCGAAAGUUCGAUCAAGGUUCGUCCGAACCGCCUACCGAUCUUCCUCAGUUCAGUUACCCGAAAGCUGCUAGGUAUCAUGAGCGAUUUCAAUCGCUUAGGGGUGAGUCACAAUCUAGUACCGACAGCCCUCUCCCUGAUGAGGCAUCUCUUUGGGAGCAAAGUGUUGGAGGACGGAUGAAAGGCCGAAUAUUUGGUUUCGGGACCACCCAGGAUCCCUCUUAUGCUAUGACGGAGAAGUUGUCAAGGGUAGAAGAGGAACUCGAGACCGAAMGGAAGAAUAKGGCAGAUUUGGAGGCCAGACAAGCUGCCUCGGCAGCUGAACAGGCCAGACAAGCUGCUGCAUUAGCCCAACAGGCCGCAUUAUCGGAGCAUUUUGCUGCGUUUAUGCGGCAGUCAGGAUACGUUUUCCCACCUCCCCCCGAUAGUUAG